AUGACCGAGUGGACGUUGCUGAAGCGGCUCCUUGACGCCGUGCAUCAGCAUUCGACCUUGAUUGGCCGGAUCUGGCUGACAGUGAUGGCGAUUUUUCGGUUGCUGGUGGUUGCCGUGGCAGCAGAAGACGUGUACUCCGACGAGCGUACUAUGUUUGUGUGCGACACGCUGCAGCCGGGCUGUGCCAAUGUGUGCUACGAUGCCUUUGCGCCCAUCUCUCAGCCACGUUUCUGGGUCUUCCAUAUUGUCGCCGUGUCCACGCCGUCACUUUUCUUCAUUCUCUACACCUGGCACAACCUUUCCAAGAUGGCACCUGGGCAAAACACGGACGAUUGUGUGCGGAACUGUAAUUCCGAUAGCUGCUCCAUCACGUCUCAUUAUCACCCGAGAGACAAGGUGGCUGAUGUUCUGGAAAAAAACACGUGCGUUUCACUAACUCGCGGCACCCUGAGCCAAAAACAUGUCUCUCCGACAAGAGGUUCCUCAGGAGUCCUGUCCAAAGCCUACGUGCUCCAUGUGUGUUUUCGUGCCAUGUUGGAGCUGGCAUUUCUUUCCCUUCAGUGGCUUCUAUUCGGGUUCUGCGUGCCAGUUCGUUUCACGUGUGCUGUCCCUCCUUGUCCUCAGCGCGUGGACUGCUACGUCUCACGUCCCACGGAGAAGAGCAUCUUCCUCAUCUUCAUGUUCUGCGUGGGGAUCUUCUGCAUCUUGCUAAACUUCCUGGAGCUCAAUCACCUCGGCUGGAAGAAGAUCAGAAGGUCAAUGCAGGUAAAGGAAGGAUGGAGGAGCAGUAUUUAUGGAGCAAUAAAUGAGAACGGACGCUCUGGGACGAGCAGUACGACGUCUCUGCCUACACUGGAGCUGCUGGUGGAGAAUCAACCUGAGUGGACGUGUGCAGGAAAUGAGUGCUGCUCACCAUUAAAACAGGAGAAAGAAUUGUCUGAAAAGUCACUGCAGAAAGAGAGACACAACGCAACACAAGUACUGAGAGGAAAACCACAAUCCCAUAAAGGAAGAGUUUCCAAACGAAGUGCUGAAGUCUGGAUAUAAACUGAAUCGCUUUCUGAUUUAGCGCUUGCUUUUUGGUAAGUUUUAAAAAGUGAUAACAAAAGAUAUGCAGCGUGUGAAAAACAAAUAAAUGAAGAUCAUCCCUCCCAAAAAAAGGUGAUGGUGUGAAUCUCAACCUUCAGAUUUAUAACAUUAUUGUGUCUAUAAUAAAACAUACAAACAUGUUACAUUGUGUGUAAGGAUUUCCCAGUAAUAAAGUCACCCUAUAUCACCCUAUAUCUAUAUCAGCGUUUCCCGACCUUUUUUCAGUGACGGUGCCCUCUGAAAACUUUCAAAAAGUUGUGGCACCCUACACAAACACUCAUGUUAGACAGCGUGAAGUUGAUGGUCCAGGAGCAUCUGGAGCUUUUCUUUUAAGAAAUCUGUCCAUAUUCUUGCGACCCCCUGGUUGGGAAACACUGAUCUAUAUAAACCAUUCUUAACCAUCUUAAUUUAAAUGUGAUGACUGGAGAAACCAUUUUUUAAAAAUUAAUAUUGAGAUCAGGAGCCGCCGAAUAUGUUUGAUUUCAAAUUUUGUUGAGUUUUUUUGUGCUCCUUUUUUGCGGAAAACUACUUGAAUUGUCGAAAUUGCAAUUUCACACUGAUGGUUUUUUUUUUGGUAAUUGAGACCUUUUAACUGUACUCGUGUUCGACACGCUUGAAUCGAAGUGGGCUUUGACUGAAUGCGCGUUGUGAUGACAUCACAUGGUGCAUUCUGAUGAUGUCACACGACACGUCUUGGCCCAAAUCGGCAUAAAAUCUGCAGUAAUUUUUAAAAAUUGCAAGCUCCUCCAAAUAUUGCGACGUUUGCUUGAUUUUGUGUUCGUUUCUGCGAUCGCAAAAUCGCGAAAUCCUGGAGGGACUGUCUCAAUGAAAAAUCUGCCCUAAUGUUAAACAUAUGACAUCAAAGUGUGGUUAUGUCAUAAAAUAUAAGAGCCUAUCAUGUAAAUGCAGGCCACACGGUGCUGUCUAAUCAAGUGAAGGUGUGUAACGACGAGGCGUUCAUAUAAUCAUGCAAUGUAUCAUAUAUUGAAAACUUCUGUGGCCCUCGAAACAAAUCUUGAGUGACUUCUGGACAUAAAUACAAAAACAACACAUAUAAGCCUUUCAGAUAGAUGACUUAAGAGACUCUAUACCAUAAAAGUACAGCUUUAAGCCUUUUUUUAUAUAUAUAU